UUUGAUUCUCCUUCCUUGUAGGAAACUUAAUUAACGGUCCUUGUUUUCCUCCUCCACCUUCAAAAACACUUUUGUAUUAUAUCAAUUUUCUUCUUCUUGAUCUCCAUUCCAUUAUUUACUCAAUACACACAACAAGUGUGUUGAACUUCUCUAUCUUACCUUACUACAAUGGACUACACACAUAACUCUUCCCGGAAACCUUUGAUCCCCACUUUUCUUUAUAACACGGCUUCUUCUUCUUCUUCUUCUUCUUCACCAUUCUCUGUAUACAGAAAUGUGGUAACUGACUUGGAUACAUCAUCAUCAGCGAUGGCGAAGAAGCCUUUUGUGGUUCCGGCACCAAAGGAGUCUUCAGGUAAGAUAGAGAUGUUCUCACCUGGUUAUUACGCUGCUUGUACUUUUGGAGGUGUUAUGAGCUGUGGUCUCACCCACAUGGCCGUCACCCCCCUCGAUCUUGUCAAGUGCAACAUGCAGAUUGAUCCUGCAAAGUACAAGAGCAUUUCCUCUGGUUUUGGUGUUCUGCUCAAAGAGCAGGGUGUUAGAGGCUUCUUUAGGGGUUGGGUUCCGACGCUGAUUGGUUACAGUGCUCAGGGAGCUUGCAAAUAUGGAUUCUAUGAAUAUUUCAAGAAGUAUUACUCAGAUCUUGCCGGCCCUGAGAAUGCUGUCAAGUACAAGACUUUGAUAUACCUUGCUGGUUCUGCAUCUGCUGAGGUUAUUGCUGAUGUUGCUCUCUGCCCUUUCGAGGCUGUCAAAGUUCGCGUCCAAACUCAGCCUGGUUUUGCCCGUGGCUUGUCUGAUGGGCUUCCUAAAUUUGUUAAGGCUGAAGGAGCUGCAGGGUUAUACAAGGGGCUUGCUCCUCUCUGGGGAAGACAGAUACCAUACACGAUGAUGAAGUUUGCAUCAUUUGAAACCAUUGUGGAACAACUGUACAAACAUGUCAUCCCAACACCAAAAGAGCAGUGCAGUAAAUCUACGCAGCUUGGUGUGAGCUUUGCUGGUGGAUAUUUAGCUGGUAUUCUUUGUGCUAUUGUGUCACACCCUGCUGACAACCUCGUUUCUUUCCUCAACAAUGCUAAGGGGGCAACUGUCGGCGAUGCUGUGAACAAGCUAGGCGUAAUGGGUCUUUGUACUCGCGGUCUUCCUCUUCGUAUAGUCAUGAUUGGUACACUCACUGGAGCACAAUGGGGCAUCUAUGACUCUUUCAAAGUUUUUGUUGGCCUGCCAACGACCGGUGGUGCAGCUCCACCUGCCCCUGCCAAGUGAAGAGGAAAAUGUGAAAUAAUUUAUGAUGAAAAUUCUUCUCCAGUACUCAAUAUCUCUUUCAUUUACUGGCAGAGGGGAAAUGGAAAUGUUUUUCCAUCUAAAAUUUUGUUUGAACAGUGUAGGAAAUUUUUUGCAUUAAUUCAAGCUUUGCAGUAAGAUCUGAUAUUUUGUUGGGAGGAUGAAUUAUCCUCAAGAUGGCUGGUUAUUGAAGAAGCAUUUAUGUCUUGAAAAUUUGAGCGUAAUUCGUAAAAAUGCUAAACUUCUGAUAUCAGUAAUAUCCACAACCACAAGAGACACCUCUAGAAAGUUGCAUA